CGCGGCGGUGUGGCUCAACGGGCUAAGCGUUUUAGGAAUACCGGUACUGCACUCCUCGCGUGGGGUGCAAUCUACUUGCAAACAAAAUAGUGAACUGAAUAGCGCCCGUGCAUGUGAUGAGUGAGACAACAUGUACGGUGCAUAUUGGCUGACAGUUUCAAACAAUAAGUAUUUCGGAAUUUUGGGAUCCUUCACUGCAUUUGGAAUACAGAAAUAAAGCACUGUGAUGACAUCUUUGCUCCAACUCAUUUCAGCACUACAAAAAUGUGCAAGAGUAGCUGUGGAGGAUAUUAUUAUCAAGGCAACUGGACUUGCAAGUAGCAAUUACCCUAGAACUGUCUUAGCUUCACCUGAAGGAUUUAUGUUUGAUAAUAACACUCAAGAAAUGGAAGAUCCUUUAUCCUGGGAUGGUAUUUUAUUAGCAGGUGGUUUGGGUGGAUGCCCUAAACAUAAGCCUAGUUAUGAAAGACGCAAAAAAGAAAAGCGAGAUCUUAGAAGAUGGAGUAAAUACAUUAGAUCUCGUCAUAUGAUUGUAUCAUGUGACAGUUGCGGAGGGUAUCAUAAGAAAUAUCAUUUAUGUGAAUCUUGCUAUGACCAGACUCGAUAUGAAACUCAUCUCGUUCGAAAGAAACUCAACGAGAGUGGAUUGAACUUGAGCGAAGAAACUGUCGUUCAAUAUAAAGAUGAAAAGGGACGAUUUAAUUUUGAAGAAAACAAACAAGUUUUGACUAUUGAUCGUAAUAGGCCAAUGGGUUGGUUCAGUCAGGGUUUGUGGGGAAAGUGAUAAU